CAUCCUGCCUUGAAACGUCCUUCGUACCUAAUUUUGGGUUAGCUGUCGACAUGGGUGAAGUUUGGUCAUGGCGCAAUUAAUCUGUUGAAAACUGUGGGUGUCCCCCCACCCCCCCUCAACCACAGAAUCGGAUCCUCCAGUUUUCCUCACUUCUUCCACCCAAACGGCGACAUUCGAACCUCCGGGCGGAAUCGAAAAAGGCUUCGAAAUGGUCCUGCGGAAGCUUGGCCUGUUGGCCGUGUGCUUGGCUCUGCCGGCCUCGGCGCUCAACGGGGACCCGGCGGCAGCGAGAUGGGCUCCGCCGCGCGAAACCGAGCGGGCUUGGCGGGCCGACAGUGGGUCCGCCGCCGGAAUCGCUCCGACACCGACCCCGAGGCCUCAACUCGCGGCCAUGGAACUUUUCAAGCGCGACGACUACACCCUCCCCAGCGAUUACUGCGGAUGGUACGCCGACUACAAGUCCGCAUCCUACACCUGCGACCUGAUUGGGGCAUCCUGUAUCAACGUCGGCAGCUAUCGAGGAUGUUGUAAAGGGACGCCCAGCUCCUGCGCAUCCGAUUUCCCCCACACCUGCAUACCCUCGUCGAAUUUGGUGGGCACCACCACGUCUUGUGGGACAGCGACAAUAUGUUGCUCCAAUUCCGAUUACCCGGCCUGCGGAACAGUACUCUUCUCCUCAAGCGCAAACCCGAGCGAGACGUUUACGAUUGUGAACUGUUACCAGUCCGGCUUUGACGAGACACUCCUGAUGCAAGACUUCCCUCCCCCAACCGCCACCUCCACCACCACCUCCACCUCGGCAUCAGACUCCUCCUCCACCCAUGCAACCCAAGACCCGACGGGCUCAUCACCAGCGGAUGGCCCGCCCCGGGAGACCAGCACCGCACGCCCGAAGAAGUCGACCCCCGUGGGCCCCAUCGUGGGGGGGGUAGUCGGCGGCGUCGCCGUCAUCGGCCUAGUCAUCCUCGGCAUACUCUACCUAUACCGAACCCGACCCGGGGCAUCUUCGUCCGCCGCCGCGGCCGGUGGUGCAGGCGGCGUCCCCCCACCGACGGGCCAGUACCCCCACGACCCUGCCAUGCAGCAGCUGAUGAGCGCGGGCCCGGACUCGCACGUGCAACAGCCGGGCGGCGGCCCCGGUUUCGGCUCGCACAUGCAGCAGCAGGCCAGCGGCCCCGGGUACGACUCGCACAUGCAGCAGCAGGCCGGCGGCCCCGGUUUCGACCCGCGGUACAGCUACGUGCAGGGCGGUUACCCGGCGGCGCCGAACCAGGGGGUCAACCCUAGCUUCCCGGGUCCGAUCACCUCCUACCCCUCCGUGUCGCCGGGGUCGUCGCCCGACCCCUCGAAGAUGGGGAGCAGCGUGUCUCCCUCGGUGGUGCACGCGGCGGAGGUGCCGGCGAGGAACCCGGUCGGGACGGGGAACAAUGCGGCGGAGUUGGCUUAGUUUUGGAGGGGCGGUCUCGGUCCGGUCCUUUUUUUUUCUUCUUGUGCGACCCUCGUCUGUUCCGUAUUCCGUGUGGGAUUAUGCUUCUCAUUGGAUGGUGGGAAAACGGUGACACAGAGUCAGUGGCAUGAUGGCCAGUUAUAUUAUACCAAGUAAAGAUUGGGGGAGGUCUGGAGGCAAGUCUAGUGGCUUUGAGGACCCUGUAAGAUGUGGACCUUUCGGGGCUCGAGUAUGUGUCCAUCCAUUCUCAAAUGAUACCUUAGCAUUCUCAUACAUUACCUCGUUGUCGCUGUCG